AUGGCAGCCGACGCUCCUACAACAGCAAUUCCACACAUCCACCUCCUGUGUAUGGAGACUGCUUGCAGUGACGCAUUCACCAAAGCUCUCGAAUCGUACCAACUACCCUCACCAGUACAGUUUGAGCUUCACCGCGCCGCUCUUCAGUUCGUCCCAGACACUGCCAAGUUCGACCUCGUCGUCUCUCCAGCAAACUCGUACGGCCGCCUGGACGGGGGCUUUGAUGAUGCCAUCUCUCGCGCCUUCUCACCCCGGGAUAACUACCUCGCUCUCACCAAGGUUGCUCAAUCAAAGUUGUACCAAGAGUGGUUUGGCUUUGCUCCGCCAGGGAGCUGCACUCUGGUCCGUAUUCCAGUAGAGUUUCAGGAGACGUCUAAGAAUGUUUGGGGGACAAAGUUUAUCGCUCUGUGUCCUACCAUGCGGACUCCGCAAGAGGUACGGUGGGAUAGAGAAGUCGUGUACGAGAGCGUAUGGAGUCUUUUGGUGACUAUCGACAAGCACAAUAGGGCAGUGGAACGAGGCGAGGGUGAUCCUGGGGACAAGAUUUCGACGAUACUGAUGACGCCACUGGCAACUGGAAUUGGUAGAGUGAAUCCUGAGAGAUGGGCUCAUCAAAUGCUGUUGGCCAUAAAGCAUUUCGUGGAUGCAAAGCAGCAUCCAGAUAAAUGGAGCUCGUUGAAGCCCGCUGAGAUCUUUGACUAUGCCAACGAAGUUGUUGACACUUGGGCAAUGUAA